AUCUAUCAUAUGAACACCCCAUAGCAACUUCUUUCUUGGUAAACACAAAAACAAUUGCGUUAUACAAAUAUCGAGUUUCCAAUGACAAAAAGAAAAAAUUAUAAAAUUCAGAAUUAAAUUUUUUUAUUCGUACACCAGAACAUAGUGCAUAUGCAUUUAAAACAAAAUUUGCAGCCCUUGAGCUAUGGCCGAUGAUGAUGAAAAUAAACAAAAAAAGCACACAGUCGAGAGUCUAUUCAUCCUCUAUGCGAAUAACAAUAUCAACGCUUUGGAUUUAGAUAAUGAGGUGCAUGAGAGCAUAUUGUUGUCACAAAUGGAUUUUUGGCUAGAUCAAGCAAAACUACUGAGAACGGUAUUCACUAUGACAGAGACGGGCCUGGCUUACAUGAAAUUUAAGAAGUGGCGUCUGGAUUUUGAGGAAUUUUUAGAGUUUCUGAACAUAAUUUGUCAGGGCAAAGAUGUAAAAAUUGAUGACGUGAAACAAGCGCUGGUCGAAGCCGGCCCACCCGGGGGUACGGCUGAAAUCGUUGUGAAAUAAUGAAGUGGUAUGAAAUCUUCAAUUAAAUAUUAUAUUUCUCUGGAUUUUUUUUACGAAUAAUACAUGUAUACUAAUAAAAUAUACACCUACUAUCUGCAAUAUAAAAUAUAUAUGUAUAUGUAAUACGAAAGUCGUAUCCCAAAAAAAAUUAGUAAUACAUAUAUUGAGUCACAAAUUUUCAUAUUCGUCUCAACUAUGUAACUACGCAAUCAUUGGAGUGCUGAUGCUUUUUGAAAUAUUAACAUAUCGGAUGAAGAUGAAUCUACAAAUUCAGAGUUAAAUAGUAAUUGCAAUUACUUUUUUAGUAUCCGGAAUCGUAACCCGUUAAUAGAAAAAAAGUCAUAAAAAACCAUCUGCCUUUUGGAGGCAACGUAAAACCCCUUAUCCCUCCAAUGGCGGAAAAAACAUCACG